AUGGCGGCGGCAGCGCUGCCCGCGGUGGCGGCGCGGCUGGGUCGGGCCGCGGCGGCCGGGCCGGCGGCCGCCCGCUUGGAGAGCGUGCGGGCGCUAACGGGCCUGUUCCGGGAGGCGCAGCCCAGAGAAAUGGCAGAAGAAAGUAUAUUUCAGAAUCUCCUGGAAAUCCUGAUGAACGCCUCAAAUGAAAUUGAACGGGUUUACAAGGAGUCCUGUGAAUCAGUAGAUGUGGACACCUGUCUGCUGUUCAUAGCAGAAUGUUUCAGAUGUCUGAGGAAUGCUUGCGUUAAGUGUGCCAAGAAUCAGCAUGUCAUGAGGAACUUGGGUCUGAUUGCUACAUCUAUCCAUUUGAUCAAAGUACUUCAUGGAGCACAAGUGAAACAAGAAUCAUUAUUGACUGCUUUUCGUUGUAGCCUCCAGUUUCUUGGAAACAUUGCAGCAGGAAAUGGAGAUUCCCAAAAUAGCAUUUGGAAGUGUGCUUUCCCAGAUCUCUUCUUGACCUGCCUUACUUACAGUGAUGAAAAAAUUGUUGGCUAUUGUUGUAUGGUUUUAUUCACCUGUCUUAAUUCAGAGAGAGUGAGAGAACUGCUGGAUCCUGGGAACUUGACUGUACCUCUCCGUGUUCUGCAGAUCUACAAACUGGAAUUGGAGACUGAGUGGUCGUUCUUGAUUGUUACAGACCAUUUGCUGAAAUGUCCAGAGUUGGUAGAAGCCCUCUAUGCCAAACUGAGCAAUCAAGAAAGAGUUACUUUGUUAGAGCUGAUAAUGGCAAAAAUAAGUGAGAAGAACCCUGUUACCAAUGAAGAAAUGAUUGUGUUCUUGAGACUUGCUGACUUCCUUGCAGGCUGUUUCCAGGAGAAGUGUCAAGCUGUGCUCAAGUUAACUUCUGCAUCAGAUAACAAAAAUGAGGAAGCACUGGUUACAAUUCGACUUCUUGAUGUUCUUUGUGAAAUGACAUCAAACAACGGACAACUAGAACAUCUACAAGCUUCGCCUGGGUUGCUUGAAACAGCUGUAGAUACCCUGAGAUUAACUCAUCUUGCUGGGAAACAGGCUGUAAAUAUUUUCACUGCCAUACAUGCUAUGACAGAGCAGGAGGAAAUUUCACAUCCAGCUGUGGAUUUUAAAUCUCAUCUCAUUCGUUUGAUUGGAAAUUUGUGUUACAAAAAUAAGGAAAACCAAGACAAGGUUUGUCAGUUAGAUGGCAUUCCGUUGAUCCUGGACAACUGCAGCGUUGAUGACAACAAUCCUUUUGUGAACCAGUGGGCAGUAUACGCUAUCCGAAACCUCAUUGAACAAAAUGAGAGAAACCAACAGCUUAUUGCACAGAUGGAAGAACAAGGGCUGGCAGACAAUUCUGUCCUAGAGAGUAUGGGUUUAAAGAUAGAAAAACGAGAUAACAAGUUAAUUCUGAGAUCUGUUAGAAAAAAUCCUUCAUGAACAACCAAAUAGGAACAGUCAAAUCGUUAAAAGAGCAUUUCUCUUUUAAUAUAUUUUCCUUUGUAAGGCAAUCAAAUCUUCUUCAAUUUUAGUUCCAGUCUACUGGGAAUACUAUGUUUUUCUUGGAAAAAUGGCCAAAUAAUAGUUCUCUCUCGCUGUUACAAACAAAUGGGCACCUAUAAGUUUUCUAGCUACCUGGAUAAAUUAACUAAUAAAUAAAUUUAAAGAAAGAAAAAAGAAAGCCUUUGCAGGUGGGUGAAACUUCGUUGUUUUCUUGUUUCAUUAGUUGAAAAAUACCAUACAUUUAGCAUAGUACUAUUGCCAGUUUCCACUGCUGAACCUGAAGAUAAUUAUCAUUAAAAACACAUCAAAGGGAUAUAACUGCUUUGCAGUCUAUCUUCUUCAUUUUAAAGAUCUGUGCUGUGUCAGGGCUAAACAAUGAAGGUUGUUAGUUUUCAAUCAUGCUCAAAUAUAUGUUCUUAUAUAAAGAACAGCAAAACAUUGGAUGUACAUAAAUAUUUACUGAAUUAAACACACAACGUGGCUUCUGUGUAUUUAAAUUAUUAGUAAAUUAUCUUCACUAUCUUGUUACCUUUCAGUCUUCAUGACAAGUAUAUUAAAAACAAAGCUGAAGCUGUUGUGGCAACAGAUGCUACAUUCCUUUGCACUGGGGCAUGUCUCUGUUUUGGAGACUUGGGUGUUUGUUUGAAUUUUAUUUGUUCCUUUGGAUGGUAAGUCAGCCCACUUUCCUUUUAUUUUGCACUUCUCAUGGGUUUUCUGAACUCUGGCAGACUGCUGAAGAGGUAGUUUCUCACUGUGAUUAAUUCUAGCAGUUUCUUUUCACCCCUCUGCCUUUCCAAAACAUUGACAAAACUCAUUUCCAGUUAAUUAAUUCAAGAGAGGCAGAAGAAUGGAAGGCCCUGCCUCUUCAUUUUGGGGACCCUCCUAUAUUGUUGUUGGACCCUGCCACUGUGGAAUGUGGCAUGAAUGAGACGGGUGGGAGAAGAGAGGGGAAAAAAAGAGUUCAUGGUUAACUCUAUGCAUGCCAUACUGUUGCCUUACUAGUUGAGAAAUGUAAUCCUCCAUGCCUGAAAGAGAACAAAAAUUACAGCUCAAUGUUAAUAUUAUUAGCUCUUGUGUAUCAUUGUUUUCAUUCAGUUCUCUUCGGUUCUGACAGAUGAAUCCCAGUAAAGUUAUUCACGGUGUUGCCAUUUAAUUCCAUUUUAAUUGGAAAUAGAAGUUUAUAUUCAAAAACUACUUGUAACACCACUCAGCCGUGUGCCAAAGCUUGUGUUUCUCAAACUACUUUUUUCUCUUAGAAAUGGAAAAGCCCUGAGAAAUGUGUAGUAAUGUUUAAAAUUGUUUUGGGACAUAGCCAGACAAUUUGGUCUUUCAGUUUAACCAUAAGGCUUCUUUGUCUACCAUGAUGACCAGAUGGGACUAUUGAGUUGACGUACUGGGAUUUUAUUCACCUUUGGGUUUUAAAGGUGAUGAUAUAAAACUGACGUUUUAUAAAUAAAUAUAUAUAUAAAUAAAUAUAAAUAAAAAGAACUUACGUUCUUAGCUUUUUAUUAAGUAAAGCAAGUAUCGCUAUAAAGAGAUUAUGGCAGUGUGGACAAAAACAAGUUAUUCCUUUUGUUUUUUCUAGUAAUUUCUUAGUUUUAAAAGAGAUAGGGAGAAAAGUAGAGAUGGGGAGAAAAGUAUUCUUUGUUUUAAAGAAGAAUAAAAAGAGAAUGUGCAAAAUGUUUUUUUUUUAAUGAUUUGACAGGAACAUUUUAGAGGAUAUUAAAAAUCGUUGUGUUUAAGUGCCACUUUAUGAAGUCAUUGGUUAUAGAGGUAAGCACCUGCUAUCUGAAUGGAGAAGGAUAUACAUAUUUUGAUUCUCUUUGAGCAUAUGCUCUUUCAGACUGUGGUUUCUAAAUGAUUUCCCUAAGCCUUAAUUCUUGCAUGUAGGCUAGAAUUUAUUUAGCAGAUGAGUUACUGUGUCACAUAAGGUUUAGAGCUGAUUUUCUUUGGUUUUUAAUCUUUACCAAAAGAGUGAACUGAAAAUUCAUAUUUCUAGCUACUAAAAGACAAGAAGAAGAAUUUUGGUCAAAAAGAAAAAAAAAAAGAUAUCCCUCUUUAUCCUGCUUUCUGUUUGGAAGGCUACAUCAU